AUGCCGCACACCGCGGGAAAAAUGACACCGACAGCGAUGAUGACGACUGGUGUCGACGCUCGUCGGAUGGCGGCAACGACCACCCGAACAGUGCCGAUUCUGCCUCAUCCGCUGAGUGUGUAUCGGUGUACCACUGUCGCGUCGAAGAAGAGGACUCCGACGCCGAUGCCCGGUACGGAAGGAACGAAUUGGGUAACGAUUAUGCCGCGUAUCCAGAUGGGGCUUACGAGUACGCGAACCAAGAUGGCACGCACUACCAGGAAAAUGCGGACGGAGACCGAAUCUUCGAAAAUGCAGAUGGGACCUCGGGCUGGGUCGAGGAUGCAGACGGGAACCGCGAGUACUUCAAUGAAAACACUUGCAGUGACAACUCGAACUCGGAUACUGAUGACGAACGCCACAACGAUAACGAAGACAGUGAGGUGGACGAGAACCCGCAUGCAGAUGAGUCCGCUGGCAGUAGUGACUACGAGAAUGCUGUGGGCAGCAGCCACGCAAGUGGCAACAGUGAUGUGGAGGACGGUAGCGACAAUAACGGAGGUGGUAACGAUGAUGGAGGGGGAAGCAGCUCCGGGGACGAUAGCGGUGGCGAUGAUUACGACAGUGGCGACGCUGAUUGCAACAGCGACGGCGAUGAUUCCGACAGCGGCGGCUAUGAUGACGAUAGUGGAGGCAGUGACGGCUACGAUAGCGGCGACGAUUCUGAUUGAUUUCGACUGCUGUAACAGCGGGUGA